CUCUAUGUUCGAGUACAGGCUCUUAGUUUUGCUUCUCUGUUUACGUAUGUCAGAAUCGACCAUAUGCAAAAAGCAUAUUCAGAAUUCCUUAUUUCCCAACUAUGCCGCAGUUCCAACAUACGAUAUCAGAGAAUGGGUGGUUAAUCUUAAUCUACAGCGUUGUACCAUUGUGGAGGUCGGGGAGUAUUACAGCGCAAUGUUCUUAGAGGAUGAAAAUGCCGACUCUCGCUUCAGUUUCUACUUGGGCAUGUGCGAUCACGAGACGAUGAGAAACUGGCAGUUCUGCUCGUCAGAACUAGCAAUGCAACGAAAAAACGAAUGCAGUUUGGACAUCGAGAGGACAGAGUUCAGCAGAGUCCAUAGGAGAUUCUGUGAUAUUCAUUAUAUAACUUUAACCCAGAAGACAUGCAAUUGUUCCACAAUGUUGGACACGCCGCUUUAUAGAGUUAAUGGAUUCCCGACCUGCUUCGUGGAUCCCCUACCCGAGAGCCUUUGUGGUCCCCUGAAUGCCUGCGGAUUACACAAGUGUAAUGCCACCACCGUCCUUGGCCGAAUUCAUUCGGUACAAUGUGAUCCUAAUUGCAAAGGACAACAACCGUUUUGUGAAUGGCCAGUUGGUCUGAAAACGGCGCAACCUCCCAUGGUUUACUCGUUAUGGUCAGACUGGUACGAGCUAGAGAAAAGAGAUGAUCGAACAUUGGAUUCCCAAGUUCUCUACUACGAAGCCAAAUGCGUGAACAAGUACACAUACAAAGGUGGGAUCGAUUGUCUAGGUCCUGGAACCAGCUGCUGUCCACCGGAUAUACUCCAGUGCAAAUGUAAGACGUUCUUCGAAGAUGCUACUCUCAAAGUGAGAAGAUGGGUUGUGUUACCCAUCGAGCACUCUACAUUCAAGCCAAGAGAUUACGAUGUAGCUGACGAUAUCGUGAAGCACAAUACAGGAAUAAUGAUCCCCAAAAGAAACAAAAAAAUUCCUUUUGCUUCGAAAAGAGAAGCCAGAUUUUAUGAAGAUGACGAUGAAGAUGAAGAUGAUCUCGGAGACGAAGACGUUGCUAUAGAAGAGGAACGUAUGACUAGAAAGAUGCAUCUAGACCAGGCAGAGCAGCAAGAAGAAAACGAUGAAGCAGUAUCUCCUGAGGCGGCAGAAUUAACAGGUGACAGCACCAUAAAAGAUGGAAAAAUAGUACCGAAUAAGAGGAAUAGCAAUUCCGUGCUUUUAAGAAUAAGGUUAAACUACUUUUUACUAAUGAUAUCUCUGUAUUGGAUAUUAUGAUGAUUUAUUUGUACAUUUAGAGCGAAGAAUUUUGAUUGAAUUAUAUUUUAUUUCUACGAAUAAAAGAGAUCACAGAUGAA